ACGUGACUUCAUUGUCAGCUCCAAAUCAAGUCGUCGAGUCUGAUAGGUAGGAUCAAACACACGUCCUAAACGAUAAAAAUUCUGCAAUACUUAUUAGAAGAUGGCAAGUGAUUUGCAACAGAAAACUGAAAUGGAUACUGAUACAAAAAUUAUAAUUAUAAGUGUAUGUAUGGACGAAACAACGCAAUUAUAUAAUGCUUUGAGGCAAAUGUUACAACAAACAUUUGAUGAGACAAAAGUACACGACAGUAUACAUUGUAUAAACACACAAAAUAUAGAGGAACUAAAGGAAAAACUAAUUUUUUAUACUGAUUCGAAUCCGACCGAUAUCAUUCUCGUACUUAGUGCACACUCAUUAAAAGAUAGCAUAAAUGAAGCAAUUGAUGAAGUCAACGAUACAGAAACUGCAAUCGUAAAAUUUUUUGCAACAAUUCCAAUACUUCUAGAGUCCAGUAUUUCUGAAUCUCUAAACUAUGCAUAUCACAAAAAUACAUUAAUUUUUUUCGCAUUUGGCAACGAAUCAGACAUAACAAACAUUGUAAAAAAAACUAAAGAUUCAAUGGUACUUGCCGCAUAUUUGUUACGAAAUAUUCAUCCAAAUUGUAACAAGUCUAAUCAUCCAUACGAGGGGAAAAACCAAAUAAUAUCGAGCAGUUGUAGCGAUCAAUUCUCUGCUCCAAAAGGAGAAGAAAAAGAAGAAAUGUCAACAUUGCCUACUUCAACAUUUGAUAAAAACAUACAAACAGAAGACGAGAUGUCGUGCAGUAUAUCCGAACAAUCCUCUUCUCAAAAAGAGGAUGAAGAAAUAAAUAUGUCUACAUCAUCUUAUUCAAGUAGUCCUAAAAAUUCACAAAUGGGCAAACACGACAUAAAUGCAUCUACAAGCCAAAUUACAUGUCCUCCCAUAAUUUCUGUAGACGAAGCAUUAACAACAAUGUUAUACGGAAUAAUAGAAAAUGUAGAUGAAAGCGUAUUGACUGAAACUGUGGACAUAAAAGACGCCUUUGACAGACAAUUAUUAGAUUCAGUAAUAUGCCACAGUAAUGUGCCAUCAUUUUCAGUUGCGACAAAACGCGGAUAUGCAGUAGUAGUAGAAAAAAUAAGAAAAAUGGAAGGGAUAUCAGAUGAGUCAAGCAAAAUCAAUUCGAUUAUACUUGAUCCUGUCACUACUAAAUGGGUAAACAGUGGAGAAUUUAUUCCUUCGGAAGCAACUGCGGUUAUACCAGAGGACAAUGUAGCAAUUUCUUAUGAUGACAAGGGAAACGAAAUUAAAACAACGUCACAUUCGAUAAUAGAUAGACAAAAUAUUAAACUUCCAGGUAGCGAUAUAAAAAAAGAAGAAGUAAUUGUACGUUCUAAUGUACGUAUGGGUUCAAUGGAAAUAGGACUUCUGACAGCGUGUGGCUGGAAACAAGUGGAUGUUAUUAAAGAAAAAUCUAUUGGUGUGCUGACUAUUGAACAUAAGUUGCAGAAACAUAGAGAACCUUUACAACCAAAAUAUGACAGCAAUCGGGCAUUUUUAAUCUCAAAUCUACUAAAAGAAAAUGGUUUUAAUUCUUCGGAUUUUGGAAUUUUUCCUAAAAAUUCGGCAAUUAUAAUACAAAACAUCACAGCAGCUCUAGAAACUGCAGAUUUACUUGUAAUAAUUCGCUGUUCUAAAGAUAAAGACCUUUUGAAUCGUAUUUUAGAACACGAAUUUAAAGCAACAUUAUACUUUGAAAAUGUUAACAUAAAGCCGGGAAGAUCAACGACAUUUGCAUCAUGCAGCUUUGACUGCAAAAUGAAGUAUAUCUUAUGUUUGCCAAGUAAACCAGAAUCCGUUCUCGUCACCGCGCAUUUAUUUCUUUUACCUCUUAUUAAAAUGCUACACUCCAAUACCGAUGAGAAGUUCACUAAAGUGUUGGCUAAGAUAACACGAGAAUUGCCUUUACAUUUACAUUCACGUCCACGAUACGUGUGGGCGACUUUAUUAUGGUCGAAGAAAAAAAAAUAUGCAGAAAUUUAUUGCAGAAAUAAUGUGACCAGUGAUAAAUUAUCCAAAAUUAUAAAUACUAAUGCACUCUUAAUAUUACCAGCAAAAAAACCGGGGGUAGAUACGCUGGCGGAUCCAAUAUUUGUACCAGCAAUACUAAUCAAAUUGCCAACUAUAUAUAAAUAAAACAGAUUUUUCAAUAGUUAGUAUCAUUCAGAAGUAAAAUACCAGUCUAUACACUUUGACAAUCGUUAUACAUUCUUUUAUUACUUUAAUAGAACAAUUUUUACAACAUAAUGAACAAGAGAGAGUGUACGAUACAAUAUGUAUGUCAGAUAGCAUAUUCAUUUCCAUUAAUGUAUUGCUCUAGUAUUAAUAUUUCUAUGAUAUUUGAAUAUUUUGUAAUGUGUUUACGAAUAAUAUUUUAAUGUACUAUAACUAAGAA